AUGGGCAAUUUCAAAGUCUGUAUAGUUGGCGGUGGCCUAGCAGGCUCACUACUGGCUAACGGGCUCAUCAACAAUGGCAUUGACACUAUUGUCUUCGAGAGAGAUGAGGAAAGCCUCAAGAGGGAAGGAUACCAGAUCCGUCUGGGUGAUCCGGCUUUGACGGGCCUGGCCUCGUGUCUGACCGAUUCGCAGUUGGAAUCAAUCGUGCAGAGGCUCGGAAGAUAUUCUGGCUCUACCAAAACGGCUCCAAGUAUCUGCAACACCAGGUUCCAGACUAUCCUUGACUUGUCGGCGCUCCCGACUUACUCCAAGUCGGCGGCCAUCAAUCGCGUUGUGCUGCGUGAUUUGCUUCUUGGCCCCGUCGUUACCAAGGGAAAGGUCAAGUUCGGCAAGCAAUUCUCACAUUACGAGAUCAUCAAGAAUGGGCCUGGUGGGAGCGAGAGUGUCAAAGUGAAUUUUAAGGACGGCUCGUCGGAGCAUUGUGACAUUCUUGUCGCUGCGGAUGGUAGCGGAUCAAAGAUAAACAAGCAGAUUGGGGCAAGGAAUCUGGUGGAUAUGAGUAGUCAUCUGGCCUUUUUGUCAAAAGGGAAUGCUACCAAGGCACGCCUGCGCCAGCUGCCGCCCCGUCUUCUGAACGGACCAACCCUAACCUUCAAGAACGGCAUCUCUCUCUACUACGCGCUUUACUUGCCAGCACCUCAAAAGACGGGUGGAGAUGGAAAGCAAGAUGAUGGUUUUGACUUUGACGAGAAUCAAGCAUCAUUCUACUGGGGCCUAAAUGUUCCCCGUGAGCUGUGCCCCUUCAGCGACGCUAAAGAUAUUCCCAACAGACGACAAUUUUGUCUUGACAUAGUUCGCGACUGGGCUCCAGAAUACCAUGUCAUGCUCUCCGCUGGAGCCAGUGAUGAGGACAAGAUCACAAUGACAAUGCUCCGGGCCAGUACAAAGCUCCCAAAGAACUGGCGGGAGCGACUUCAGGCACAGAAUGGCAACAACGCGGAAGAGGGCCACCCACGCGUGUGGCUCAUAGGCGACGCUGUACAUGCCAUGCAGCCAAACCGGCAAGUCGAUUGA